AUACGAUAUAUUAUGUUUCAUCUGAAAUCAUUUUUUAACAAAUGAAUAGGACAUAGUUUCGGGUUUUCCCUCAAGUACCGCUGUAAAAACCCUCUACAACUGAACUACUACAGAGGUGAUUAUUCAAAGAAUCUCAGUGGCAAAGACAGGGAAGUCAAUUGAUAUUUUUAACAUUUGGAACUCCCUAACGGAUGUCAAGUGGAAACGUAAACUAAGGCGAAUUUGAGCAAUAGGCGAGAUUUUUUUUUCCAAUCAUUCGGCUAACUCAUCCAUAGUCCCAACAAGUCAACAAGCAACAGGAUAUUUGCCCAGCGACGCGAGCAAUAAACUGUGGAAUAAGAAAUAACUUUUAAUUAGGUAAUCAUGGUUGAGAAGAUUAUCCUGCCAUUAUUCCUGCUUCUGACAGUGAUUUAUCUUCAAUGUAUGGCACAUAAAGGGAAUAUUGUGGAUAUGUCAAUGGAUAACGCAGACAAUAAUACAGGCGUUGCAGUUAAUUGUGGUAAGUUGAAUCUGGAUUGCGCAUUAAUUUCCUAAAUUAUAUUUUAUUUUGUUUCAUUGCCAAUCAUAUUAUGUCUGUACAGUUUGAUUACACUUUUUAUUGUAAUUUUAACUACCGGCAACAACUCUAUUUUGUGUGGGGAAACUUUUAAAAUAAUUUAUACCCAUCAAAUAAAGAAAUUUCUCCACUCCACAUGUAUGUUUCAAACAAAUUGAAUUAAAUGCUGGAUAAAGUUAAUGGAAGAUGUCACGCUUUUUAGCCGAAGUAUCUAAUGAUCUGCCUUACUUAACUUAAAAGUUGUACAUCGUUAUUUUGUCUUUAGGCAAAGUUGACAUUCUUCUUUCCUGGACACCAAAAGAGCUCUCGCCAUCAGGAGAAGUAAAAAUAAAACUUAGCUACAUAGUCCGUAAGUGAUUUGGUGAAAACUCUUGAAUAUAUUAUAUUUAAAUAUAGGUUCUAAAAAUUAAGACAAAUGAUUGUAAUUUUCAUGAAGGAAAUCUAUGUUCUCUCUUUAGUUUGUCAAUUUUUGUUAACAGCUUUUUCAAUUGAUGGUGGUUUCUUCAAUGCAAGUCUUUACUUCCAUGGAGAUGACAGUCCCUUCCUUGGCUAUGCAGACAAUUUUGACUGUGACACAAUGAAGCAGUAUGGUAUACAAUGUCCGAUUAAAAAAGGCUGUGAGUACACGGUUAAAUGUUAAAUUAUUUAAAUGGAUAAAAGUUGACAUAAUGGAUACAAAUGAACAUACUGGAUAAACUGUUGAUGUAAUGAAUGAAAUGUUUGGAUAAAAAAAAGUAAAAGAUACAAUUUUGAGUUUAUAGCUCUGUAAGAACCAAUAGUGUUGACUGAAGUACUUGUAAGUAAAGUAAAUGUCUAUAAGUAUGUAAAAUAUGUAGUGGCCUAACUAAGGGGUGGGGGAGGGCAUUAAUAAAUAAUAAUAUAAUAUUAAAUAAAUGAUGUAUGUGUGUCAAAAGGGUACACUUUUAGUUUUAGAGCUUUGCCUCAGCAGCAUUUAGAGAAAGAAUUUACAAUACUCUUUGUUAAUUGUGUACUGUAAGAAAUUUGUGGAAUGUGUAAUUAAAUAAUAUAUUCCAAUAAACUUUUAAUUCCAACAAUUAAUUUAGUAUUGAAAUUUCAAAACAUAAUGAGAGUAUAAAACAUAAUGAGAGUAUAAAACAUAAUGAGAGUAUAAAACAUAAUGAGAGUAUAAAACAUAAUGAGAGUAUAAAACAUAAUGAGAGUAUAAAACAUAAUGAGAGUAUAAAACAUAAUGAGAGUAUAAAACAUAAUGAGAGUAUAAAACAUAAUGAGAGUAUAAAACAUAAUGAGAGUAUAAAACAUAAUGAGAGUAUAAAACAUAAUGAGAGUAUAAAACAUAAUGAGAGUAUAAAACAUAAUGAGAGUAUAAAACAUAAUGAGAGUAUAAAACAUANGAUUUUUUUUUUACACCCCCCCCCCCCCAUAAAAAAUUAUGCAUUUUAAUUAAAUUAGCCAAUGACAACCCCACACCUCCAUGUGUGAGUUUGUUUUUUGAUCACCAGAAAAAAAAAAGAAGAAAAUUCAUAUUUGUGGUUCAUUAAAUUAAAAAUUAAUAUCGCGAUGUGACUGCUGAAUUCUAUUCCAUAAACACAGAUACAGCCUGACUAUUUAGUCAAUGAUAAAAAUAACAACAAAACCAUUUCAUCUUUUUCCCCAGUGCGAUUUACAUUUACCAAAGCCAUAUCCAAUCUCCAUGUGCUGACCAGCUAUCCAGUGAGUUAUCUAGAAAGAUCUAGAAUAUUAAUAUAGAUACUGGUACUGAUGGCUAUAUUUGAACAUAAAAUUAGCUAAAGUUCUAAAAUUGUAAUGAAUGUUUUGUUAUCAUGGGCACGAGAGGACAUAAUUUCAAAAUAUGGGAAGUAAUUUCAAACUAUGGGACAUAAUUCCAAACUAUGGGACAUAAUUUCAAACUAUGGCUAGUAAUUUCAAACUAUGGGACAUAAUUUCAAAAUAUGGGAAGUAAUUUCAAACUAUGGGACAUAAUUCCAAACUAUGGGACAUAAUUUCAAACUAUGGCUAGUAAUUUCAAACUAUGGGACAUAAUUUCAAACUAUGGCAAGUAAUUUCAAACUAUGGGACAUAAUUUCAAACGCUUAAAAACAUGAACAUUAACACUGGAAAGUUAGUUUAUAAAUAUGGAACUUGUUUUCUGCUUGAAGCUGACCUUAAAGUCUGUGAGACCCUAUUAAUGUCACUGGUUAGUUCAGGAAGUGAUACUCUGAAAUCAUUUAUUAAUAAGGAAGAUAAUUGCCAACACUUGAGAAGGGAGGGACAAAUUGGAUAAUUUUAAUAAUAAAAUAUUACCUGACACUGAGAGAAAUGAAGAGAGAAGCUGGCUAUUAAUACAUGUGGUCACUUUGAUAAGAGAUGUUCACACUGAACUCUCACUUUGAUAAGAGAUGUUCACACUGAACUCUCACUUUGAUAAGAGAUGUUCACACUGAACUCUCACUUUGAUAAGAGAUGUUCACACUGAACUCUCACUUUGAUAAGAGAUGUUCACACUGAACUCUCACUUUGAUAAGAGAUGUUCACACUGAACUCUCACUUUGAUAAGAGAUGUUCACACUGAACUCUCACUUUGAUAAGAGAUGUUCACAAUGGAACACUCAAACACAAUAGAAAAUCCAGUCAUUUUAUUUUUGUUUUAAUGUCAUAUGACACUCCACCCCCCCCCUCCCCCACCCUUUUAUUUUCCCCCAGGGUUAUUACGAUGCCAUUGUCCAAGUUUGGAACAGUCAAAAUGACGAGAUGUUCUGUGUCAACCUGACGUUGAAGGUUCUAGAAGUCUACAAUGGACCAGAUGGAUACUAAACAACACAUCAGUAACACACACAUUUUCUUCUUCAAUCAUUAUCAAAUACAUGUUUGAUUGUUUGUUUUUUUGGUUCAGAUUUCAAGUGCUUGAGAUUUUAUUUGAUGCAUGUUUACAAGAUUUAAUUUUAUUUCCCAUUAAAGUUGAUUCAUUUUUUGACUGAAUAUUAGCAAUUGACAUGGUCUCAUGUCAGUUUCAAUUUGUGACUGAAUAUUUACAAUUGACUUCAAUGGUCUCAUGUCAGUUUCAAUUUGUGACUGAAUAUUUACAAUUGACUUCAAUGGUCUCAUG